ACGCUAUGCAAUUAUAAUAUUAUUAUAAUAUUAAUCAUUUUUUAAUAUUAGAUACGAAACACAAAAUUAUUAUUAUUGCCUCGCGUUGAUUGUAUAUAUUUAUAAUAUAAAUUUUAUGGCUCUUACCCAAUGUGGCAACCCAGUGCAUUGUAUUUAUCGUAGGCCCAGUGUGUGUACACACUGUUUCAUUAGCCGGCGCAUUUUAUUGAGCGUUGAUUGCCUUUCUUGCUUUAACUUGGUAGUAAGUGCAUCAGGACAGCAAGGAUGGCCGACGAUGAGCAAGAAGACCAGAAGGAGUACCGCUGGGAAACGGGCUAUGAAAAGACAUGGGAGGCCAUCAAGGACGACGAGGAUGGAAUGCUGGAUGGAGCCAUCGCAGAGAUCAUUCAGAAGGCCAAACGCCAGAGGCAGGCUCAAAAGACCAAGCAGAACCGACUGGGCAUGAUGCGCCACAUGUUCCUCGUGCUAGACUGUUCUGAGUCUAUGAGCGUGCCUGAUCUAAAGCCUACACGACUGCGCUGCACCGUCAAGCUGCUGGAGCUGUUUAUCGAGGAGUUCUUCGACCAGAACCCCAUCAGCCAAUUGGGAAUCAUAGCGCUAAAGGCUAAGCGAGCGGAGAAGGUGACCGAACUUACCGGCACUUCGCGUGUGCACCUUAAAGCGCUGGAGAGCCUGGCUAACGUGUCCUUGACCAGCGAGCCUUCGCUUCAAAACGGCCUGGAUUUGGCACUAAAAUCGCUCAAGGUGGUGCCGUCGCACGCCUCCCGCGAGAUCGUCAUUAUCAUGGGCUCGCUCACCACCUGUGAUCCUGUCGACAUUAACAUCACAAUCGACGAGUUGAAAAGGGAGGGCAUACGCUGCUCGGUUAUUUCCCUGUCGGCUGAGAUACACGUGGCCCGCUACCUCACCCAGCAAACAAUGGGCACCUUCGGGGCUGUUUUGGACGACGCACACUUUCGGGAUCAACUCAUGUCCCAGGUAGAUCCACCGCCCGCCGCCAAGACUCAGCAUAACUCGCUUAUUCGAAUGGGAUUCCCGCACACCAAGAACGAAGUUGAGGGCAAGGACGCGCCGUUGUCCAUGUGCAUGUGCCACAUAGAGAACUUGGAGGAGCCCAGUGAACUCACCACUACUGGCCACCACUGCCCGCAGUGUAACAGCAAGUACUGCGAGCUGCCCGUGGAGUGCCAGUCCUGCGGUCUCACCCUGGUCUCCGCGCCGCACUUAGCGCGUUCCUACCACCACCUAUUCCCAGUGCCAAACUUUGAGGAACUCCCGUUUGAGGCCAUGCCUGCUUCGUCCUCCGACCUCAAUAACGGAGUCAGGGAGUGUUACGCCUGCGCCAAAGCUCUCGGGCAAGGCGUCGACAAGGCCGCCGACAAAGUCGUCUUCAGAUGCGGUUUCUGCAAACAGUUCUUCUGCGUUGACUGCGACAUCUUCAUUCACGAUACUUUGCACGCCUGCGUGGGAUGCAACACCAUUCCCGGCGUAGACGGCCUGGUUUAUCAGCAAAGUUCGAAACCUGACCAAGUUGAUGCCCACCCAGGUCCGUCGAAGCAGCGCGCACAGUUUGGGAUGUAACUGACUUCCUAUAGAUAUGUACAUAUUUCGAACUUCCACAGAAGUACGCAUUUAGGGCAAACAAAAUACAGUUCAAUUCGAAAGGGUG